UGUAUGUAUUUUGUCGGCCAGGGAGGAUUACUCUUUUCUGAGAUGACAGGUAUCAAAUCCAAUUCUGCGCCGAGUCUCCGAACAUAACAAGACUGAAUGUGAGUGAGGUUCCUCUUGAAAAAAGAAAAAGAAAAAAAAGGAAAAGAACAUAUUUUAGUAAGAGCGCUCAAGGUCAGGACCAAGCGGCGAUGUGUUCAUUUUUUCAGUUGCUACACGGGAGAAAAAUGAACGAUUAGAGACUAUUCCGAGCACUGUGUUAUACUAGCAAGUGCUCAGCCUUUUCGGUCAUCAAAGCCGAGUGCCGCGAGACCUAUCUAGUUGCUGUGAAUAACGCCGCGGACGACAAUGGAGUGCUUUUUAACGGUACAACGCAUUUCACCUACCAAAUAGGGGGGAGUCCGGGCUAAAAGAUGGACAUUUCCUGUGAUGCUAAUUGAUCGGUAUCAAUGGACACGUUUGUCCCGAAAAGAGACGUAAUAAAAUUAUAUGCUCUCUACUCGGGAUGCGCGUGGAACAGUUGGAGGGGGAUUUUGGAGUGGGCAAUCGUAACAGGUCCGAGCCGCACUUUUCCCCCUUCAGCGCAAGAAAAUGAUCAAGUCAAAUCUUGUGGACAUGCUUCAUUAUUCAGUGAACACAAUCUUCCACAACGCUUCGUUUAUGUGCAGGAGUCCCUUCAACGCGUUGCUUUAAAUUUAAAGGGGGACCCCCUCCAGCCCGUCGCUCGGUCUCAGAGCUGCUGGGUCACGCCCUCACCUGCCACACCGGCCUGAGCCAGGUAUGCUGGUAGCUUCUUAAGGAUGGAGGAGUCUAGUCUGUGCCUUGGCGUGUCCUCAGCGGUACCCGAAGCGGACGGCCGCCUGAGCGCCGCGGUGCUGAACGGCCGCUACCCGGUGAGCCAGAAGCUGCAGCAGCUCACCUCCCAGCUGGGCCAUGGCUUCGCCGACCUGCCCGGGCGGCAGCAGACCCCCGAGGAGAAGGCCGCCACCCCGCUGGACGAGAAGAGCCACCCGGUCCUGGCCAGCCCGCCGAUCAGCAGCCAGAUGGCGCUGCUGGCCAACCAGCUCAACCGGGACGCCAUGGAGGCCGGCGUCGGCCUGGGCGUGAACGGGCGGGUGGAGCUGCAGCACUUCCUGAACGGGCAGAGCCUGGGCGUCAUGUCUCAGCUGUGCGACGCGGAGGAGGACACCCGCAAGAACAGGAAGUACCCGUGCCCGCUGUGCGGCAAGCGCUUCCGCUUCAACAGCAUCCUGUCGCUGCACAUGCGCACGCACACGGGCGAGAAGCCCUUCAAGUGCCCGUACUGCGACCACCGGGCGGCGCAGAAGGGCAACCUGAAGAUCCACCUGCGCACCCACAAGCUGGGCAACCUGGGCAAGGGGCGGGGCCGCGUGCGCGAGGAGAACCGGCUCCUGCACGAGCUGGAGGAGCGCGCCAUCCUGAGGGACAAGCAGAUGAGGAGCAGCCUGUCCCAGCCGCGGAUGGACGCGAGGCAGCCCUCCCAGCCCUUCCAGCAGCCCCAGAACCACCACCAACACCACCACCCCCACCACCUGCAGAACCACCCACCGCACCACCUGCCCGCGGUGCACGCCCAGGCCCAGCAGCAGCAGCAGCAGCCCACCUCCGCCUGCAGCCUCCUCACCCCGACCAGCCUGGGGAUCCCCGAAAACCAGUCGCCCCUCCCUCGGCCCUCGCCGUCCCCGAAGCUGGCCAGCGCCCAGGACGAGCAGGCCGCCCCGCCCGCCCCGCCCGCGCCUCCCGCGCCCCCCGCCCCGGCUGCGGCGGCGGCGGGGUUCCGCUGCACCUUCUGCAAGGGCAAGUUCAAGAAGCGGGAGGAGCUGGAGCGCCACAUCCGCAUCCUGCACAAGCCCUACAAGUGCACGCUCUGCGAGUUCGCCACUGCCCAGGAGGAGGACCUCAUCGCCCACGUGGAGAAGGCCCACAUCACCGCCGAGUCGGCCCAGGGGCAGGGGCAGGCGGGGGGCGGGGCCGGCGGGGAGAAGCCCGCCAACGAGUUCCGCUGCGAGGUGUGCGGCCAGUCCUUCAGCCAGGCCUGGUUCCUCAAGGGCCACAUGCGCAAGCACAAGGACUCCUUCGAGCACAGCUGCCAGAUCUGCGGCCGCCGCUUCAAGGAGCCCUGGUUCCUGAAGAACCACAUGAAGGUCCACCUGAACAAGCUGAACGUGAAGACCAAGGCCCAAGGCGACCAGGAGGCGUCCAUGAAGAUGAACCACCUGGCGCAGGAGGCUCACGCCAACCUCUACUCCCGCUACAUCUCCUGCCUGCAGGGCGGGUUCCUCUCGCCCAACAAGGCGGCCCUGUCCGAACAGCACCCCCUCCUGGCUAAAGCAGGGAUUGCCAUGAAGGAGAAGGAGAUUCCAGGGAAACUGCUGUCUCCAAUUGUGGGCAUGGGUCACGGUUCAGCGGACAGGGAGAAGCGCUCCCUGCUCGGCUGCCUAAACCUGGUCCCGCCCCUCAAGUCCAGCUGCAUGGAGCACCUGCAAGCUGCAGCUAAGGUGGCCGAGAUGGACCCACUCAACAGCUACCAGGCCUGGCAAAUCAUGGCGCGGGGGAUGGCCAUGGACCGGCCCUUCAUGCCUAAGGAGCAGUACCACAUGCCUCGAAUCUCGGACGAGGACCCGAUGGCCGCCAGGAUGGCCUACGCGAAAGAGAAGCACGACUAUCCCGGGAUGGGGCCCGACGGUUCCCGGCAGAAGCUGCACGCGGACGUGGCGUCAAGGACCAGGGGGGCCAACACGCUGGCCUGCAAGGACAACGGCAGCUUCGACGGCGGCAGCCGAGACCUCCGCGGCUCCCACGGCGGUGGAACGGCCGGCCAGGCCCACGGCCUGGAGUACGGCCGGACGGGUUUGAAGGAGAAGCACACCGAGUGCCCGGACUGCGGCAGGACCUUUAGGACUUACCACCAGAUGGUGGUCCACUCCCGGGUGCACAGCAAGGACCGGCAGCCGGCGGACCCGGGCAUCCACCAUCGCCUGGGCCUGGACGAGCGGCGCGGCUCCGCCAGCGACCCCGAAUCCCAGUCCAUCAGCCGCUCCACCACGCCGGGCUCCUCCAACGUGACGGAGGACAGCGGACCCGGCGGAGCGCAGUCCCGGGCCGGGAGCACGCAGGAGGACAGCCCGCACCCGUCUCCCCCUUCCUCAGAUGCCGGAGACGAGGUGGGGAAGCUCGGGGGGGUCCAGCCGCACAGGGACAGGGCCCAGGGGUUGAGCUCUAAGGACUGCCCCUACUGCGGAAAGGCCUUCCGAACCACCCACCACCUGAAGGUCCACCUGCGGAUACACACAGGUGAGAAGCCCUACAGGUGCCCGCACUGCGACUACGCGGGCACGCAGUCGGCCUCGCUGAAGUACCACCUGGAACGCCACCAUCGGGAGCGGCACAACAACGGGGGCCCCUCCUCCUCCUCCUCCUCCUCCUCGCACCCCCAGGAGGAGCACCCCGGCAGCAAGAGUGGGGCCUUCCUCCGGCCGGACGUCCUGCACGGGGUGAUUAAGGGCGUGUCCGGCGGCGUGGACCUGAGAGGGGCCCAGCUGCACCCUCACCACUGGGGCCCGCUGGGGGUGCUGUCCCCCCGGGACCGGGACCUGGAACUGGACAGGGAGCACCACGGCCACCCCGCCUCCGAAAACGCUUCGGAGGGCAUGAGGGUCCGUGAGGGGGCCCUGGACGGCGGCCCGGCCGGCUUCCCGGACCUGAGCCGGGUCUACCAGGGCAUGGCGGGCAACGGGGUCAACUUCCAGAGCUCCCUGCAGGCCUUCAUGGACGGCUUCGCCCUCAACUCCAUGAAGAGGGACAAGGAGGCCAGGGAGAGGCGGCGGGAGUCCGGCGGCAGGCCGGGGGAGAACGGGGAGGCGGAGGAGGCGGCGGCGGCGACGGCGGCCGACGCCAAGCCUCCCAAAAGCAAGUCCCUGCGGUCGCAGUACGAGCCUCUGGAUCUGUCCUACAGGCCCGACUCCGGCCUCCUGCCGGGCUCCUCCGUCACCCUGCGGGACGACGUGGCCUGGCACGGCUGCCUCUUCUGCCCCUUCGCCACCCCGUCGGUGGAGGUCAUGGCCCUGCACCUGGACGCCAACCACCUGGGCCGGGCCAAACGCAAAGAGGGCGGCGUCCCGGACGAGAAAGGGUCCCUCUGGGACCACCCGUGGGAGGCGUCCUCCUCCGGCAAAGCCUCCUUGACCUCCCCCGUGCUUCGGCGUGGAGGCGCGGGGCCGUCCUUUCAGCCGAUUGCUCAAACGAAUGCGACGAUCCGGCAGGAGGCGGGCAAGGAGGCGGCAGGGGAGUCCGGGAGCCCGUCCUGGCCCGAUCCCGCAGAGGCCGCCGGUUCGGGAGAAUUUGAGGGUAACUUCCUGAAGCCGCCGGGCUUGCCUGAGGCUCCGGCGGGCGCGCCCGGCCCCCGGCGGUUUGGGAACGAGCGCCCGGAGUCCUCCGAGGUGCAGGCGUGGUCCUUUGACCCACCAGGCCGGGGGGCAGCGGACGAGAGUGGAAGGGGAGCGGACCCCGCGGAGGCGCCCACUAAGGGAGACGACAUGGUGGAGUCUGAGGAGGACCAGGCGGAGGAGGAGGAGGACGCCGAGGCGGCAGAGCCCGUCAGCAAGAGGCCAGAAUCUGACCGGGAGGAAGAAGAGGAGGAGGAGGAUGAGGAGGAGGAGGAGGAGAUGGAGACAGAGGAGGACGAAGAGCAGGAUGGCGACAGGGACCGUGACAACGGCGGGAAGGAGACGCGGGCGCGGAGCAGUUCGGCCGAGGACUCCGAGCGGUCGUCCCCCGGCGCGUCGCGUCGUUCCCCCCCGCUCGCGGAGACGCGGUGGCAGGCGCCCGACCUCCACCCGCCCCCCGAGCGCCCGCUGAACUCGCUGUCCGUCCUGAGGGCCUACAGCGCGGAGAACCUCACGGCGUUCAACGGGCUGGGAGACGGCGCGGGCAGCCCCGGAGCCGCCAAGAGGACCGACUCAGCCGGCCAGAAGCCGUUCCAGUGUCGGUACUGCCCGUACGGCGCGUCGCAGAAGGGGAACCUGAAGACCCACGUGCUGUGCGUCCACCGCAUGCCCUUCGACAACAGCCAGUACCCCGACCGCCGCUUCAAGCGUUCCCGCGGCGACUCGGACACCUCCGACGACGGCCACCCCGCCGCCGCCGCUCCUCCCGCCAUGGACUCCGCCCCCCUCCAGGAGUGGCCGCUGUCCGACCGCUGCUACGGCAACGUGCAGCCUAUCAGCUGCCGUCCUGACAACUCCAUUCAGCCGCCACCUGCCAGCUGCCAAUCGGACACCUUCCCCCGGGGCCAUUGA